UUGGUAGCAGUCAAGCGAGCUAUCGAGCGAGACUUCGAUUUUCUUUGAGCACAAAUUGAAAAAGUGAAUUCUUAAUUUAUUAUGACUGGUAAAAAAUUUUUAUUAAAGUGAAGGAUAAAGUGACAAAGUCUUUUCAGAAAAUGAUGUCCCAAUAUUACGAGCCUUACCAUCGCUGUGAGACACUUGCUGAAUUUAAUUUUUAUUUUGGUGGUGAUAAUGAAGAAGAUAUGGAUGAUGACGAUAAUUAUAUUUAUUGUUAUUGCAGCAGAGUAUAUAUAAAAGAUGGCCAGGACACAUACUUUGUGGACAAGGAGUAUGGAAGUGAAAGUGACAUUGAAGUCCUACGGGACUCCCAGUCUCAAGAUUUAGAGGACCACUCCCAUGUGCAUUUCUCUUUAGAUGCUUCUUAUAAAAAUAAAUGUGAGAGAGACGAUGUUGCAAGCUGCUAUUGCAGUGCAUCCCAUACUGAGAACUGCUGUUCAACAGAUGAACAUGAUGCAGGGCACACUCAUGGUACCAUGUCCCAUGCACUGCAGCCUAGUGACAGUGGUGCCGACCUUACAUACCAAGACUAUCAUUUUGAAGCUCAUGAUAAACUUGAACGAAUGGACGAAGACCUCCCAGAUUCCCCAGAAAACUAUUUAGCAGUUGAUACUUGGGAAAAGUUUUGGGCCAUUCACGGAGAAAGACUGAUAUGGGCUUCCUGGAUUAAAAAGUAUAGUGACUACAUCAACCCAGCCUACUUGGACGAAAAUAAUGACUUAGUCCUAGAUGAAAAUAACAUACCAAAGCAACGUUCAGUUGAUCAGAUUUAUAAGAAACAGAGUGAAACUAAUCACAAACUAGAAGACGAAGAAAUGAGGGAAAGAAAGUUCUCGUAUGAUUCAAAAGUAAAUCCGUACAAGAAGCGUAAUUCUCAAAAUCAAUCUGAUAAGGCUGAAAAAAAUAAUGAAUUAAAUAAAGAUGAAGCUUGGUUACCUAUAGCUAGGCGUCGAUCAUGUUCUGAACAUGAUAGAAUUUUAAGUCCGAGAACUGUCGAUGGUACGGACUCUAUGACUAAUGUUACCAGGCUGACUUUAUCUAGUUACGAUGUUACUUCCAGCCAUAUCACAUCAGAAUCCACACCCACUGACACUGACUACAGUGUAUCAUCAUCCUCGUCUGAUGACCCAUCUAAUGAUCAGACAAGGAUAGCAAACUUAGAAGAGAAGUACGAAAACACAGAAAUACCAACCGAUGAGUUAGAUCCUGAGCAGUACUGGCAAUAUUUGUGGAAGAAACAUUUCGGAGAACAGUACGCGUUGCAUUACGCACACUACACAGAACACCACACAGCUCAAACUAAAGAGGUACCAGCUAUACAGAUCGAAGUAGUACCAGAGCCAGCGAAAAUUGAAGAAAAGCUUUUGGAAAUAGAAUGCGAAAACAGUGAAGGAAAUUCUCAAGAGACACCUACAGUUAUUGAAAUACAAAAGCAAACUGAUCAGAUCUCUUUAGAGGACAAACCUAAAGCUGAAAAAAAGAAAAAGAAGAAUAAUAAUAAUAAGAAGAAAGAAAGCGGAAGGUACAUAACUUCUGUUGGUGUUUUGCUUCAGAAUUUAUUAAAGGAAGAACAGGCAAAGCAAUAUGACCUUACUGAUGCAGCUGAUAAAACAGAAAAUACUAAUGACACAGAUAAUACCCAAAAAGCUGAAAUGGAAGUAGUUGAUGGUACAAAUGUUUCAAGUAAUACUGUAAACAUGAAUAGCAAUAAUAACAAUUCAAAUUUGUAUUCCUGCGAUGGCGACGAUGAUCCACCGGAAGAUACGCCUGUGGUUUUAAAACGAAGCCAUGAACUUGAUGACGAAGAAGAUGUAGCUCAAGCUAAGAUAAAGAGCACCAUACAAAUGAUGGGAUUCUGUGUGGACACUGACAAAUUGCCUAAAGGCGAACUGAUUUAUAGGAAGCGGCCAGCCAAACUGCGCCCACCAAGGCUAAGGAAAAACAUGGGCAAUAAGAAAACUUAUUUCGAUGAUGAUGGCAAUCCAUGUCAGGUAAAAGAUUCCCCGGAUGAGAGGGAAAUGCAGACGGACGAUGACUGCACUGAACUGAAAUCUGGGGGAACGCCACGCCUCAUGUCCAAAGACCCGAGCUUGGAAGACGACACGGCGAAAUUGUCCGAAGCAGCGGCUGUUGCUUUACCUUGCGAUGCCGACGACGAUGACAAAGAACUGAAAACUGAAGGAUCUCAACACAGUAAUGCAGGCCGCCCCGAUUUUGUCCCGGCGCCAUUUCCCGAAGAUAACUCUCGCAUGCCAGCGGAGCUUAGAGACGACCCGAGAAUGCAUAAAUACUGGGAGAAAAGGCACUCCCUCUUCCACAGGUUCGACGAAGGCAUCAAGUUGGACCGCGAGAGCUGGUUCAGCGUGACCCCGGAGAACGUGGCGAGCCACAUAGCGAACAAGUUCCGCUAUGAUGUUGUCUUGGACGCGUUCUGCGGUGCCGGCGGCAACACUAUACAGUUCGCACGAACGUCCAACAAAGUAAUCGCGGUCGACAUCGACCCAUUGAAGAUUGAAAUGGCGAAACAAAACGCCAAAGUUUAUGGGGUUCUGGAUAAAAUUCAGUUCAUUGUCGGCGAUUUCUUUGAGUUAGCAUCCCAACUGAAGGCCGACAUGGUCUUCCUUAGUCCGCCGUGGGGAGGUCCAUCGUAUUCCAAACACAAAGAAUUUGACAUUGAAACUAUGCUUGAACCAAGGCCAGCUUCGGAGCUGAUGAGAGUGGCACGAACAAUAUCACCAAAUGUGGAACUGUAUAUUCCUAGAAACUCUCGGCCCGACCAGAUAAUAUCUCUUGCGAAAGAUGUGGGAAGUUCUGUUGAAAUAGAGCAGAGCUUCCUCGACAGGCGUUUUGUAGCCAUAACGGCGUAUUUUUUCUAAAUACAUACUAGUGUUGUGACUGUUAUCUUUAAGUAUUAUGUACCUAUAUGUAUUGUUACAUACUGCGACACGUUAAGAGCGUUUACAUGGCAUGGAAUGGGUUUUCAUAGAAACUUUCAAGUAAAACCAAUAUAUAUAAAGGUCUAAAAUAUUAAGUAGGUAUAUUUUACAAAGUAGUUUAGUCUGAUUCAGAAUCGACUCUUUUGCACCUACCUUCUGCUCUAACAGUAGCCUGGCCACUGUUAUUCUUUGAUUUGAUUCCCUCAAAAGACCUCCUUCCUGUA